AGUAUCGAAGAUACCGCAAAGCAGCGUGACGUCAUGGACCGCGCAAAAAAGAACGCAAUUUGCGCCACAAUCUGGGGCACAUCUCCAGACUACGUCCUCGGUGCGCUGGUCUUAGGUCAUUCUCUUCGACAACAUCACGCGGAGGAGCUCAAAGCAGGCACCAUCUCUCUCGAACUGCUGGUGGAGAGGAAUGUCCCUGACAAUCACAAACAGCAGCUUGCAGCUCU